UGGCCACACAUAUGCACUACCGUGUUGUCAAUUUUCGUCUUCCAUAUUGGCCACACAUAUGCACUACCGUGUUGUCAAUAAGGUACAUUUCAUCGAAAGCAACAUAUUCAUAUUGCGAUGCAAUUUAUUAGCCAAACAGACUCCCCUUUACUGAAUUUUUUAGCCAAAUGGCAAUGGCUUCAGUGAUUGAGCAAUGUCAAGUUGCGCCACCUCCCGGUGGUGCAGCUGAACUGACACUCCCUCUUACUUAUUUUGAUCAUAUGUGGUUAGCUUUUGGUCGUAAUCGGCGGAUUUUAUUCUACAAGCUCCCUAUUUCCAAACCCGAUUUCGUCCAAACCAUCAUUCCUUCUCUUAAACAUUCACUCUCCCUCACUCUCAAACACUAUACACCCUUAGCUGGCAACAUUGCUUGUCCUCUAAAUUCGUGCGGUUAUCCUGAGUUGCGUUAUGUGACAGGAGAUUCUGUGUUUGUUACCUUUUUUGAGACUGAUAUGGAUAAUUUCAAUUAUCUCAUUGGUAACCAUCCCCGAAAUGCUAAGGAUUUUUAUCCCUUUAUUCCUCAAUUGGCAGAACCUAAGGAUGCACCCGGGGUCCAACUAGCCCCGGUCUUAGCCAUUAAAGUUACACUUUUUCCGAAUCUUGGCAUAUCCGUUGGAUUUAGUAACCAUCAUGCCGCUUGUGAUGGAAAUACCAUAGUAAGGUUCACGAGAGCAUGGGCUUUACUCAACAAAUUCGGUGGAGAUGAACAAUAUUUAGAAAAUGAGUUCGUUCCAUUUUAUGAUAGGUCCAUAAUAAAAGACCCUCAUGAACAAGGAACUGCUAUAUGGGAUGUAAUGAAGAAUGCUAAAGUGGAGAUGCGUGACAUAAUUGUGACUCCUCUUGAUAAAGUUCGACGUACAUUUAUUAUAGGACGGGAAGACAUCACAAAGCUCAAGAAUUUAAUAUUGUCAAGACAACCAAGCCUAACUCAUGUGACAUCUUUCACAAUAACAUGUGCUUAUGUAUGGACUUGCUUGAUAAAAUCAGAGGUCGUGAUAGGAGAAGAGAUAGAUGAGAAUGUAAUGGAGUUCUUCGGAUGUGCAGCAGAUUGUAGAGCACGACUCAAUCCACCACUUCCUCCAUCUUAUUUCGGAAAUUGUCUAGUGGGGUAUAAUGCAAAAGCAAGGCAUGUUGACUUAGUUGGAAAGGAAGGCUUUACAAUUGCCGUGAAAUUAAUUGGAGAAAGCAUUCAAAAAAGGAUGAAAGAUGAGGAAUGGAUCCUUAAUGGUAACUGGUUUAAGGAACUUUAUACCGUAGACAUGAAACGGUGUCUUUCAAUUGUUGGAUCUCCAAAAUUUGAUUUAUAUGCUACUGAUUUUGGAUGGGGAAGGCCGGAGAAGGUAGAGUCCGUUUCUAUUGACAGUGGAGAAGGUGUAUCGAUAUCCCUUAGCAAGUCGAAGGACUCAGAUGGAGAUUUAGAAGUUGGCUUGUCUUUGUCCAAAACUCGAAUGAAUGCUUUUGUUGCUAUAUUCACUCAUGGACUAAGCUUUCUGUAGUAACUCUGGUUAAAAUUCUGUUUUUACCCAAAAAAAUAGAAUUGCAUUUUACAUGUUCUAAUGGAUCGAUUUUGAGAUGAA